AGUAUUCUGACUCAUUAAUACGGACUAAACCUGCCAUUUGUUUAUGCCAUGAGUCACACUCCAUUCAGUCAUAGCAUAAUUUAAAAAGGCUGCCCAGUAGAAGAAUCAUAGGUUAACAUUUCCACCUCGAGGAAGGAGAGCGACAACCAAACAGAGGUCUAGACAAGCCAUACUUUUAACAGCAUCUUACCACAACAAUCUUCUUCCAUUGGGUUAAAGAAGUUCACCAGCCUGUGUGAAAAUAGAGGAAGUUAAAACCACUGCCUCUACCUGUUAUCUUCUUCAUUGUUACGUGUGCAGCUUCCUGCUUUUAAAAUGGGCCCUUCAAUAGAAAAGGAACUAAAGUAAGAAGACCGGCAAACAGCAUUUUGUUCCAGGUAGAUCUCAUAAGAGAGGCAUCGCUGAGUCUAAAUCGCAUCCCAGGAUGACCGCAGUAUUAAAUAAUGUCAAUAAUCAUAGCUUGGGAAUGUUGUAUUACGUGCUGCUAUGGGUGGUCAUCUGCUUUUUCUGGUGGAAAUGGAAAGCAGGAGAAACAUUAAAUAAGUUGCAACUUGAAGGGAAGUAUGUCUUCAUCACCGGCUGUGACUCUGGUUUUGGAAAGCUGGCGGCAAGGGCUUUGGACACGAAAGGGUUUCAUGUUAUUGCCGCCUGCCUGACAGAAAAGGGAGAAGAAGAACUAAAAGCAAGUGCCUCUGAGAAACUCCAAACCAUGCUGCUGAAUGUAACAGAUGCAGAAAACGUUAAACUGGUGGCAGAAAAGGUUAAGACAGAAGUAGGAGAAAAGGGUUUGUGGGGCCUGAUCAAUAAUGCAGGAAUCAUGGGACCAUCAGCGCCCACUGACUGGUUGAAGAUUGAGCACUACAAAGCACCAAUUGAAGUUAAUUUAAUCGGUCUCAUAAAUGUUACACUACACUUCCUUCCAUUGGUGAAGAAAGCCAAGGGAAGAAUAAUAAAUGUAACCAGUGUUGGUGGUGUUGUAGCAAUAUGUUCAGGUGGUUAUUGCCCAUCCAAAUUUGGGGCAGAAGCAUUCACUGACAGCUUAAGGCAUGACAUGAAGCCCUUUGGAGUUAAGGUGUCUUGCAUUGAGCCUGGCCUGUUCAAUACAGGGCUCUCUGACAGGGUCAGAGUCGUAAAAGAAAAGCGAGCCAUUUGGAAUACUCUCUCUUCUGAUAUCCAAAAGCAGUAUGGAGAAAGUUAUUUGAGGGAUGAUGCAGUGAAGAAAGAACAGCUGGUUAAGAUGUGUGAGAAUGCAGAUCCUACUCUGGUUGUGAGCUGUAUGGAACAUGCUUUAAUGAGUAAACAUCCACAGGCACGAUAUACUGUAGGCACGGAUGCAAAGUGGCUUUGGCUCCCUCUCUCACUCAUGCCAACCUUUGUGCAGGAUUAUGUACUCAUGAAGAACAAAGUUAAGCUAGCUGAUCCAAAUGCAGGCUAAAAUCCCUUUGUUUGUUUUCAUCAAGUCUCAACUGGUUGGUUCAAGAUAAGAACUGGACAUAUCUUGGCUGCUCCUGUUUGUCUAGCCACAACCUAUAAGCACCCAUUUGUGCCUUAGAUGCUGUGCAUAUUUAAACAAUGAAGAUAAAAUACACCAGUGUUCACAGGUGAGCAAGUAUCCAGUGGUCUUGGCAAUAAUCUCUUAUUGGGUCUUGUUUGUAUUAAUAUUACUUCUCCUAGGGACUUUGUACCAAGGGUAAAAGUGGAUGUAUGCAUACACUAACAUUUGUCAACUUGGAUAUAUCUUAGUCAGUUAAUUCAUAUUGAUUGAAUGCUAUCAGAAGUCUGUCAGACCACAGUCGGGCAUUUUAAAUAAUGCAACAUUAAUGAAGCGGCAAGCCAGUAAUUGUAAAUAGUGCUCCCAGCUAGAAGAAAACGGUCUAUGGAAGCCAUACCCCAUGGCAAAUAUGACUGACCAAGAAUUCAUUGACACUGUAGAAUUAAUUUUGACACUACUUUAACUGUCAUGGCUCAAUGCUAUGGAACCCUAGAGUUUUUAGUUUGGCAAAGCACCAGCACUCUUUGGCAGAGAAAGCUGAAGACCCUAUAAAACUACAACUCCCAUGAUUCCAUAGUAUUUGGCCAUGGCAGUUAGUACUGUCAAACUCAUCAAUGGCAUCCUGAUUCCUAGGCACUUAGACCUUUUGGUUACCAACAUCCUGGUAAUGAAUGCCUCUGGUCACAUGCAAACCAAUCAAAGAAAUAAUCUACCAAUAAUGUUUUCACAAAGAUACAUGGUCUACCAUUUUUCUGCUGAAGACAAUGAUCCCUCGUGUAUUUGGAACCAUAGAAUCUGAUUAGUUAGAACUAACUAGAAAAGACUAAUCGAAUCAGAAGGUGAAUGGUCAGUCAACACAUAGGAACCUGUUCUAGUGGGGACUAAGAAUAGGAUUUCAGUUUAUGGGAGAUCAUUGCCCAGUGGAAGAGCACAUACUUUGCAAGCAAUUCAUUAAGUAUCCAUUUAAAAACCUCAGACCAGGAGUGUCAAACUCAUUUUCAUAUAGGGCCACAUCAGCCUUAUAGUGGUCUUCAAAAGGCUUUGAAUCCGUGGAUAUAGAAUCCAUGGAUAAACAAAGCCAACUAUAAUUAUUUUACAUUGUGGUUGGUGCUCUUUACUUUUUACCCAGUUUGGUUCUCCAGAUGUUAUUGAAUGACAUAACUCCUAUCACUUUUUAUCAUCUGCCAUUUGGCCUGGGGAUAAUGGGAAUUGAAAUACAACAGCACUUGUGGGGCUGAGGUUGGACAAAGGCUAAAGGACAUUAUAAAGUCAGACAUCAUAUCCACAAGCUUUGCGUCUAAAUCCAUACUCCUUCAUCCUGACUAAACAGAACAAAUUGUAGCUUUCCAGAUGUUACUGUAUCACAACUCCCUUCAGUCUAGUCAUGAUGUCUAAUGAUGAGGAAUACAGGAGUUGUAAUCCAGCAUCCAGAGAGCCACAUAAAAUGACAUGGCAGGCCUUGUGUUUGACGCAUGUAUUUCAGAUGAUGUCUUCUUGGGACCCUGAAGAGCCACUGCUAGUCAGAGCAAGCAGCCUUGGGCUAUAGUAGGCAUGGGCAAACUUCGGCCCUCCAGGUCUUUUGGACUUCAACUCCCACAAUUCCUAACAGCUUACCGGCUGUUAGGAAUUGUGGGAGUUGAAGUCCAAAAGACCUGGAGGGCUAAAAUUUGCCCAUGCCUGGGCUAUACAGACAGUUACUUUCAGAAGCCCUUGGUAGGUGGUUCUAUUGGAAAGGGUGAAGUCCAAAGCUCUCUGGAAAAAGAAGAAAUGGAUAGUGACCCUGUGUGUGACCCCUGCUGGAUAUCUUUGUUUCUGCAUCUCCUGUGGACAUCAUCUGAAAGACAAGAGCUCCCACUUUCACAAGGAUGUGCUUGACUUCAUGGCAUGUUGGACCAUGAUUCAUAAAUAGGCAGUCAGUUGACAGUAUGUGGUGGGUCAGUUGACCAGCAACUGACAUAACAGCAACCACAUUUACUGUGCAAUAACACAAAGGGCAUCUGGACAAAAGAGUGGCAUGGAACAGCAAUAUGUAGGAUGAACUUUGUCAUCAUGCAGUGAUAUCACAAUAAGAAGGACAAAAUGCCUUUUUGCCCUGAUUAUCAUUUUCUACCUGACUCUUACCUCUGCUGGUUCACCAGAAGGCAUUUUAAAAAGAAAAGAAAAAACAAUAGAAGAGAUAAAGAUUCUGGUGCAAGAUAACCAGGCAUUCUCAGUUCCUCAAGUCUUCAAUCUAACUUUCAAUAAAACAAGAAACAAAGCAUUCUAGGUGCUGAACUAUAAUUUACAAGCCAGUUUCUCCUGGCAAAUAACAUUUAGUAGAUGCCCGACCUCAAAAAAUACAACUUUAAAGGGCUACAUUUCACCAGCUGUGGGACAAUGUUCAAGAUUGUGUGGGAUUUCUGAAGGUUUUUCCAGAGAAGGCAGUAGAGAGGAGGUUUUGAGGGAGGAGGUUUCUCCAACCUCUAAUUCCAGGCAAGAUCUGGGAAUGCCACCAGAAAGGAACAUUUACUGGUCCCCAUUGCUAUUGUCUCUGGUAGCACUCCUCAAAAUAUCCGUUGCAUUUUUUCAUGCAUAAACCAUGCAUUGUGUGUUAGAAAUGAUAACUGUAUUGUAUUUUAAUAUGAUCUCCUUCUGUGGUGGAGACCAGUGCAUCACAAGCUAUCUGAAGUGAGGAACUCAUAACUUUAUUUCCUCAUUGUGUCAGGGAGCAGCACCAUAUUUAUUCCAUUUGGCUGCUUUUAUUUUUCUUUCCUGGAAACACUCCAGGUCGAUGGCUUGUGGAGUGGCAUUUUGAACUGCACAGAUAGAAAUGAUAAACUGCUCAGUAGAAGCCCAGCCAUGUUUCUCCUCAGGAAGUGAUAUUUUGCUAUCUGCUAUCUUACAUUUCAAUGAACUGAAGGGCAUUCACAAACCAAAUACUUGCAGGUUGACAUGCUAACAUGCUUGAAAACACCAGGAACUUAUAGGUAAUGCAGCAUUAUUGCUAUUGUGUUGGAAAGGGGCAUGUUAAUCCUGUUAAUAUUUCUACCUCCAUUCAGGCCUGGCAAAGGCUCAGAAUCUGUAUUUGUCUUUUGUUCCCUUUUGAUCAGGGCUUUACAGUUGACAGGCUGUUUAGGCCUGACUGAUCCUUUUUUAUUUUCCUUCCUGGGUUUAGAGAUGGAAGGAUUUUGACUGUUGUUUGAAUGAGUAUGUUUUGUUUUGGUUUAUUUUUGUUGUAUUUAUAGCUUUCUAUCAAUUUGGAUAAAAAGUUGUGUACAUCUGUAAGUAUGCAUAUACAUAUACAGUGUACAGGGAAAGGAGGGGUGUUUAUUUGUUUUUUACUUAAAUGUGAUUUCUCCUCCAAUGUGUCCAUACCAUAAAUAUUAAUAGGGGGAGGGAUGGAAAUGGGUAUCUAGGCAAGCCAGCUGGCUGGCAUCUUAAAGAGAAUUAUACAUGUCACUGUUUCAGUAUAAAAAGUGAGACAGGAGGAAGGAAGUAACCUUGAGAUACGCUGGUUCUAGUAUAGGUUUCUGUGGACUGAAUCCUUUGACUUCGGAUCACCAUAAGUUGGAAAUGACUUGAAGGCACAGAAAAACAAUUAGAUAAUCUUGAAUUGAGGCAUUCAUGGUUUCCCUCAUUCAUCUAAUACGAGAAGGAAGGAAGACCAUACCAGUAUUUAAAACUUGCAUUUUGACUCAUUGUCAUGGUGCAUGCCAGUUAUCCUUGAAAAAGACUUUUCUAAAAGAAUCUGCUUUGGGAAUUGGACUUCAAACAUCUGUCGUGGUCAUGGAGAUUCCAGACAACACAUAAUACAAGAAAUUGGUGACAGUGCCUCCUAGUUUUUCAUUUCCUAAAAGUAUUAAUUAGAGGGAAGGAUGUUGUAUGUUUUCCUUAUAUAGCUAGCAGCAGUCCUCAAAAAAGGGAAUUUGCACCUGGGAAAUCAGCAAGUGGGUGGGUGGAUGUGCUUUAAAUUCCUCUACACAGUCUACAGUAUCAGUCUAUCAUCCCUCUGAUCCCAUUUUAGGAUGGGGAAGGAAUAUGGAGAUCUAUGCACACUUUCCCCAAGUUUUAAUGUAUCACUUAAUAUUAUCAUACAUAUAGUUAUACAUUUCUAUUGUUGUUGUUGUUACUAUUACUAUUAUUGUUAUUAUUUCUAAUACCCAGUGUCUAUGUUUGUAGUUUGUAUUUCUGUUGAAUAAACAUCUUGUUUGACUAAA